ACCCCUCUCUUUUUUAGAUAACGAUUACUUUUUAAUAUCACACGAUCAUUCUGUGUAAUUUAUCGAUUUUUGGAGAAUGGUGAAAUUAUAACGAAACACAAUAUAGAUUUAUGCUAUAACACCGGCAUUUUACGACAACCAGAAAUGACUAAAGGACAGCGAGAAACUCUCCGAAACCUUAGCAUUACCAUUUUAUGAUUUGCGGUUAGAUUUUAAUUUCCAGAGUGUGUGAUGUAAGGUUAGCUGUGUGUAUGAUAGAGAGACGGUGACCAAAGUCAGCCCUCCACAGAGAUGGAGACUCUGAUUAAGCUGGGUAAGAUUGGAUUAGGGGUGGGUAUGACUGUCAUCCCAGGGACAUACGCUUUCACCGAAUCCAUUGGAUAUGUCGCAAGAGUGGAUGGUGUCUCAAUGCAGGAAACAUUGAAUCCCAGCGAUUCAAGAAAUAAGAACGAUUAUGUCUUCUUAAGCAAGUCAAACAAUCUUCUGAAAAAGGGAAACAUCAGACACGGGGACAUUGUGUCUAUCAAAUCACCGCGACAUCAUGACAAAUACCUCAUCAAGAGAAUUGUGGGUCUGGAGGGAGACAUUGUUAAAAUUCCAGAAAACACGAAAAUUGCCUCACGAUGGGACAACCCAAAGGGGGUGUUGAAUUACUCUGACAGGACAAUCCAGAUCCCAAUGGGGCACUGCUGGGUGGAGGGAGACAACGCCAAGAGGAGUGAGGACAGUAAUAUGUUUGGACCAGAUCUUGUAGGCUUGGGACAUAUAGUUGCUAAAGCUACACAUAUUGUCUGGCCAGUGGAAAGAUGGACAAAACUUGGAUCCACCACACAAAAUUAAAGAGGCUCCAUGGUCAAUAAAGGUCUCGUGUGUGAAAUAUUUAAGUAAACUUGUUACUGCAUUUUCUCUAUUGUAAUAUUAUAGAAAGCACAAUUUUCUAAGCAAAAAGGAAGUUUGAUUUAAUUCCCCCAGAGAAAUUUUACUUUUUUAAGUCCCACAUAAAACUCUUCUUUCUAAAUGGCUUUAAUAGCCUAAAAAUAAUGACCAUAGGGCCCUCUUAAGAUAGAAUUAUAUGUAUAUAUCCAUGCUUAAUUGUCUAAACAAAAUCUUCAUUCUUAUGAACAUUUUCAGAUUUCAUUAGGACUUGUGACUGCAAAAGCAACACAUGUGGUGUGGCCUCGUCACCGACGGAAACGUUUAGAAUCAAUAGAGGCUUCCGAAGGGCGGGUGAUUAAAGAGUGCCAACGACUAAAUCUAUGAUGACAAUUUAUUUCAUGCAGACUGUGAUUUCCAAUGUAAUAAUUAGAUUUUUAGGGAUCUUUGCACUAGUGGCUGGAUAUCAAUUACAAAAUAAUUAUUUUCUGUGUGAAUUUGAACACUUUAUAAAAGUAUGUAAGGAAUUAUCAAAAUAAGAUUUUGAUUUACUAUGUCAAAGUUUGAUGUAAAGAAUUUGGAUUUAUCCCAUGUGUUUUGCAGUAUGUCUUAUUCAUAAAAAGAUACCAUCUUAAAUUAAAUUUAUGAUGUAUUGUUA